AGCUGAUAGCGACAUUAUUGCCUCCUAUGAGUAUUCAUUUGAAGUAUAAGUUUCCAUUUAAUGGAGACUUGAGGAAAUUGUUGGAAAACACAUUUUAUUUUUUAACAGCUGUCAUUUUGUAAGUCCGCAAAUUAGUCAUUCUAAUUUCCUCUUGUCCAACUGUUCGGUUAAAAAUAGUGCUGAGUACAUAUUUAGUUUUUUUAAAGAUAAAAGUAGUGUUUUAAAAGUAAAGUUGUGAAGUGAUAUGGACAAGCAGAUUUUAGUGAUAAGAACAGACGAGUGAAUUUUUGUGUAAAAAAGUGGUUUGUGUAUUUACUGGAAUGUACAACGCAUUAUUAAAUGUGUAGCACCAAAGAUGGACACAGAUGUUACCCAGCAAACAAAUACUGUUAUCGAAGAACCUCAAAAUAAUUCCCGCUCCCCCAAAAAGAAUUCGAAAGAUGGAAGAAACAACGUAUCGAAGAAAGACAUCAUCAUGUCAUCGUCGGACGACAGCGACGUAGAACCUGACCUAGUACAAACCAUCAACCAUAACGUUAGUACCUCUUUUGGCACCAUGAAGGAGUUAGUACAAGAAGAUGAGACCAAUACGUUCUUGCACAGAUAUUUUAGCAACCAUAGUAAUAGUUUACCUUCCAAGAUGACCUUGGCGUCUAGAAGAUUGUCUCAGUGUAGGGAGGAGGAUGAAGAGGACGAGAAAAAGGAGCCCUCGAAUAUGGCGGCGAUUUCCGGUAGCGAUAAGUCCCUUUCGGAAUCUUCAAGCGGUUCGAAAACGUCUGUGAUAGAUACCAUCAGUGGUCCCACCCAUAAAUUUGUGAUAACAAAAACCAAAACCGUCAAAGAAACCAAAAAUGAAGAGAAGCAAUCCAAAAAUGAGAAAGACACUAGGUCGGAUAAAUCCGACAAGAAAACGGAAAAGAAAGAACUAUCGGAAGCCGCGAAGAUUUUCGCCAGAAACAAAGAGUAUCGCAUGGCCAACACAGUAUUAGGAGUGCCCUCCAAAGACGCCGUCAGACCUUCACUGAAGUCUCUCUUCAGGUCUCCCUUGCAAAGUCCUCAUUACGAUGCCAAGUUCUUUGAUUCGUCGCUAGUUUCGAUGAAGAGCCUGAACUCGAGCAGCUCCACCGUAGAUUAUAUUGGUAGUUCAGAAGAUAUUUGGGUCAAACGGCCUCCCAGUGAAAUUAAAAAGGAAUUAGGUUCCCAACCUCUACCUCAAAUAACCGUCGAAGAUGACACACAUCUGCCCAGACCCAGAUCGGGAACUUGGGGUUCGAAGAACGAUAAACACAAGUCCAAAGAUUCCGAAUCCAGACGGAAGAAAGAUAAGGAUUCUAAGAGCGGCAGCGGUUCCAGAUCGAGCUCUUCGGAAAGACGAGGCUCCGUGGAAUUGAGCCCGAAAAAGUUCAGGAAUAGGUCAAAUUCGGAUGCGGGGAAGAGAAAGGGCAGUACUUUUAUGGCUUCCAUGAAAAGCGCCAUGGUGCAUACUGGGUUGAUCCAUGCGAAGAAACCCAGAGACGGAUCCGCCCAUCCAGUGCUAGACGACGAAAGCGACACGAAGUACUAUCACACCGUAACAGCUGCAGCGUCCGUUAGCCGUAGUCCUAUGACCAAAGUUAUGGACAUUUUCAGAAAGCCGCACGCACCCUCACAUACUCCACCACCGGAAGAAGAAAGGGAGAGAGAGAGGGAAAAAGAGAAGGAGAAGAAGGAAAAGAAAAAAGAAAAAUAUUUUAAUCAUUCUCGACACAAAGCGCCCAGAGAUGGUUCAGCACAUCCAGUUAGAGAUGGCGGUUCCGACACACAGUACUACCAUACAGUCACUGCUGCGUCAUCCAGCCGUAGUCCGAUGACUAAAGUUAUGGACAUCUUUAGAAACAGAUCACACGUCAAUGUACCGCCAGAUGACAGAAAGAAGAAGCAACAGCAACUCGGUGCUCAUUUACGUCAGAGGUCUCUUGAUCCAGAACGCCGAAGACAGUCAAUUGGACCUAUACCGAAUAUCCACAGAGCAUCAGACGCUUUCUUAGAUCCACAUCAUGCGGCCAUAUUAUUCAGGGAUUCCCGAGGGUUACCUGCCGUGGACCCCUUUCUUGAUAAAGUUAAUAUCUCAGAUUUGGAGGAAGAUGAGUCGCAAAUUUUCGUUAAGUUCUUCAAAUUCCACAAAUGUUACGACCUCAUUCCAACAUCUGCUAAGCUAGUCGUCUUCGAUACACAGUUGUUAGUUAAAAAGGCCUUCUUUGCCCUUGUAUAUAAUGGUGUCAGGGCAGCACCGUUGUGGGAUAGUUCCAAGCAAGAGUUUGUUGGUAUGUUAACCAUUACAGAUUUCAUAAAGAUCCUUAGGAUGUAUUACAAAUCUCCAGAUGUAGCCAUGGACGAAUUAGAAGAACACAAAUUAGACACCUGGCGACGGGUACUUAAGGAUAAGAAACCUCUUAUAAAUAUAGGUCCCGAUGCCUCACUCUACGAUGCAAUUAAAACAUUAAUACACAAUAGAAUUCACAGGUUGCCUGUCAUAGAUCCCGAAACGGGAAACGUACUGUAUAUUCUCACGCAUAAACGAAUACUUAGAUUUUUAUUUUUGUAUAUUAACGAAUUACCAAAACCCAGUUACAUGCAGAAAACUCUGAGGGAACUUAGGAUCGGUAGUUACGACAAUAUUGAAAUGGCGUCGGAAGAGACCACGAUUAUUCUAGCUUUAAAGAAAUUUGUCGAAAGGCGAGUUUCUGCGCUACCUGUGAUAGAUACCGAAGGAAGACUUGUAGAUAUUUAUGCCAAAUUUGAUGUUAUUAAUCUGGCGGCAGAAAAAACUUACAACGAUUUAGACGUCUCAUUGAAGAAGGCAAAUGAACACAGAAACGAGUGGUUUGAAGGUGUAUAUAAAUGUAAAUUAGAUGAAACCUUAUAUACUAUUAUGGAAAAAAUUGUUAAAGCAGAGGUCCAUAGGUUAGUAGUUGUGGACGAUGAGAACAAAGUGUUAGGCAUAAUCUCUUUGUCCGAUUUACUCUUGUACCUGGUAUUGAGGCCAUGCGGCGAGGAUGGCGGUACUCCAGACGGUGCUGUAUCUGUCAGAGCACAGGACACCAACAGCCAGACCCUCUCCCAGUCCUCUGACAUGCCUUCAACAACAGAAGAAGACACAUCUCAGCCUGUAAUUCCCGAAGAGGAAGAACAUCCAGAUGAAGAUUUGGUCAAAUCUGUAGCAGACGCGGAAACGCAAGUCGUAAAUAAAGAAAACGAACAAAACGGCAGGGCUACCCAAGAAAACGGCGAACGAGAGGAGUCCAGCACUCCGAGUACUCCCGUGGACGAGCCCAUUUUGGAAAAACAACCCUUGACAGAUGGUGCCAUAUUAAAGGAGGUGACGGUCACGGGAGAUACGAAACAAAAAAAGUAAGCUGCCUUAUUUAGGAUGCUGAAAAAUAGAAAAUGAAGUGCUAAUAAUAUUUUCCGCAAUUAUGUAUUCUCAAUAAAAAGUUAUUUAUA